AUGAGCUUUGCUCUUUUGGAAUCUACAGAUGAUAUUUUGGCAGCGAAAGGAAAUCACACCAUAGCGGUUGUAAAGGGCAAAGAAGAUUAUGUUGUAUUGAAAAAUUGUUUCAAAGAUGUAUUGAGUGACACAAAUGACAUGGUGAGAGAAAAGAAAAUAGAUCUGGGGGAAGAUAUAGUAAAUUUAGAGUUCUUUCUUGGUGGGGAUUAUAAAUUCAUAUUGCUUAUGAUGGGUCUUAGUGGUGCCACAUCAAACCAUGCCUGCGCUUGGUGCAAAAUCCACAAAGAUGAGAGGUGGAACAUGGCUUACGACUUGAACCACUACAACUCACCACCCCUUAAGCAUACAAUAAAAGAAAUGAAAGAAUUAGCAGGGAAAAAAAACAAUUUCUGUUGUGUGAAUCCCCCCCUAAUAGAUAUUGAUUUGGACCAUGUGAUACUAGAUGAAUUGCAUUUGCUAUUAAGAAUCAUGGAUGUUUUGAUUAAUAAUUUGGUUACUGAAGCUGUACAUUGGGACCAGCAAGAUAACUGGACCAAGAGAAAGAAGGACCAAACAACAAAACAUUUAGAUAAAUUAAAAAAUACAAUUAGAUCUUGUGGGGUCACAUUUGAAAUUUGGGAAAAAUCCAAUGCAGAUGGCAAAAGAUCUGGCCAAUAUGACUUUACUAGUUUAUUGGGGCCUGACAAGAAAAAAUUAUUGAAGGAACUUCCUGAGAAGCUCACAGGUUUGGUCCGUCCAGAAGCUGAACAUGAUGUGAGAAGCCUCUGGCUUAAAUUUUCCAUAAUAUAUUCCAUAGUCACUUGCAAAACACCCUCACAAGACAUGAUUGGGAACAUUUUUUGUAAAGUACAGGAAUGGAUUAAUCUUUUUGUUUCUCUAGGAAACACAUACAUCGGUUACAGAAGAUGCAAUGUCACACCCUACAUGCAUGCCAUGGUUUACCAUUUACCAAAAUUUUUAGAAACCUACAAAACUGUAAAACUAUUUAGUGGUCAAGGUGUUGAGAAAAAUAAUGACGUAGCCAGAAGCAUAGUGUUAAGAAAAUCAAAUAAUUGGGAUGCCGCUGCAGACGUUUUGAAACUUGAGUCAAGGCAAUGGGACCUAAGAGAGAAAGAACGUAUAAAAAGAUCAUACACUAAAAAAAAUAGCCAGUACUGGGAACAUGAGCUUGAAGAAGAAAGAAAAAAGAGAAGAAAAACAUUAAUAUGA